UCAUGCUUCUGUAUUUGAUGUUCAAUUUUUAGGUUUUUCAUCAUCGUUUGCAUGAUUCUGCAUUAUUCUAAUAGUUUCGUUAUCAAUCGGUUUUUCUUCAUUUUUCCUUCUAGCUUGACAACUCAUUGCUGGAUGCAUGCUUUGUAGAGUGACAGGGUUCUGUUAUUUCGAAUUUGUUAAUUUUAACUAUUUUAUUUUAUUUUUCAUACGUGCGGUGUUAAACGAUGUUAUUGCAACUUUAUUUCAUUUUUUGGUUUAUGACGAAGGAACCAAAAUAAAUAGGCAGUUCAGCACGUUUCAUUUGUUACUAAGGCAUUUCCCAACCUGUUUGGUCACUUCUAGUUAUGUAGUUUUGUCCUUAGCUUCAUUGUCUCCCUUCUUCCUGCACAAUCAUUGGUUUCAUCUCUCUUAACAAAAAUUUGGGGCUCUUCACAUUUAUUGUAUGAUCAACAAUGGCAUCUGAAGAAGUUCUGAAGGUUGUUUUCCCUUUCCUGGAGGGUGUUGAUCUUGCUUCUUGCAUGGCUGUUUGUAAGCUGUGGAAAGACAUAGCUAGAGAUGAUUUCUUUUGGAAAUGUCUGUGUGCCAAGAGAUGGCCUUCAAUCUGCAAGCGACCUAAUCCUUCUACUUUAACCUACUACAACUUGUACAGAACCUUUUAUAAACGUCUGCAUCGAAGAAUUCUUCUCCCUCCAAGAAUCUCAUUUGAUGAUUUGGAUUUUUUCAUUGACAUUUGGGCUGAAAACAUAUUAAUCUUCUCAGAAGUGGUGCCUGGUUCUGUCCUUCAAGCAGGUUUUAGAAUUCCUGCAUCUGGGGUUUGUGAAAUGCUCAAAUAUCACCUGGAAGGUUCGGAAUACAAGAUGACUUUUCCUGUGGAACCCAGGUUUACUAUCCCUUCUGGACAAAAUCAGAAUGUUAGUGUCUCUGUCAUGGUUGGGAAGAAGGAUUCAAAUAAGUUUGCUCGCAUAAUAAAUAAAUCCAUGUUUGAUUAUAUUGAUCGCUCAUCAUAUAGAGCGUUGGCUUUUGAUUACCUAGACAUAGCCCCUGACUACCCUUUUUUGACUGGCAUCCGUGCGUGGAUAUCUUUGCUAUUCAUGGAAGAUAAAAAAGAAGAUCUUAUGGAUGUAUUUGGGAUCCAGAUGGAUUUCUGUGAUGUUGCAAAUUCCAAGGAAGAAGUCUUGUGGCUGUUGGACAUGCUUGACUGGAAGUAAAAGAGAGAUCUCCCAUUGUUACAACAAAAAUAAUUGGACAUUGUGAUCUGAUGUUAACUUGUUAGUUUAUAUGGGGGUGGUGCAUUGCAAAGUUUAUGUUAAUGUCUUGAGUGUUUGGACUGUGUAAAUACUCCGCAAUCCUUUGUUAUCAAUAAAUGUGUUUAUUAAGCUCCUACUCUAA